AUGAGAAUUGCAUUGUUUGGCGCAACUGGUGCUACAGGAGCUCAUUUUUUAAGACUCGCGCUAGAGAAAGAUCAUGAAGUUGUCGCGCUCGUCAGAUCGCCGGAGAAGAUCAAAAUCGAAAAUCCAAAGCUCAAAAUCGUCAAAUGCAACAUCUUCGAUCAAACAGAUCUUGCCCAGCAUCUCGCAAAUUCGGACGCUGUCGUUUCCUGUCUCGGCGGUUUUCCGAAAAAUCCUGAAACAAAAAUGACCGACGGGUAUUCCAGGUCAAUCGGGCCAAUUACAGGAGCGAUGAGGACGCAGAAUAUUACAAGAAUUCUUGUCAUGGGAAGCUGGUACAAUAACAACAACGGUUCUGAUGCUGGAUCGGGUCUUGGCGGCUAUUUUUUGCGAUUUUUCCUUUCAAGCAUCAUCGGUCGAGUUCUCGAAGACAUGAAACGAAUGCGCGAAAGUCUCAGAAAAGACGCGUCCGACCUCGCCUGGACGAUGGUCAAUCCACCUGGCCUAACAAAUGGACCGCUCACGGACAGGAAAAUGGAGUAUGAAGUGGGUGAUAGAAUGGAUUCCAGAAAAGACAAAGGGGUUCAAAGAGUGAGUCGAGCAGACGUCGCGAAAUUCAUGCUUGAAACGGUCGAGCAGCCGCUGGAACCGUCAUCUGACAUGUACCAAGCGCAAAUUGCCAUUGGUUAA